CAAUUUUCCUAGCAGGCGGGGAUCUGAGUCCAAAGUAGAGAGCAAUAGGUUCGCGAAGACGCUAGUCUCCGACAGUCCUGCCUGUCGGCCAAUAGAGAACCUGCUCCUCAGUGGCUGGUGUCGGCUAGUAGAGGGUACAGGUUCUGCGGGUGCGGCCGGCCUUGGCACAGAGACCCUCCUUGCCUGCUCCUCAGACAGAAGCCUGGGCCUCGAGGAGCCACCGCCAUUGUGGAUGCCCUGUGCACCGGCCUGCCUGCACCCCUGUUUCUUCAAGGGGUGACCGGAUUUCAUUUUCCCCUUGCCUCCAGCCUCACUCCCCAAGUGUCCCCUCCUUCUAUGGCUGCAACUCAGCACCCCCACCCGUGGCCACGCUUGGAGCUCGGAGGAGGAGAAUGGGGGGGUUCCUGAGCACCCCAGAACUGGAACCGACAACUGGAGGCGCAGGAGCUGGGUGUCAGGCCUCGCUGGAGUCCGGGGCCUUGGGGCACCUCCAAAGGGUCCUGUGUCCUUCCUCAUGACAUGGAGUAAAGUGAGAGUCCUGUUGUCCUUGGACAGCUCCAGCCUGCGCUGCCGGGGAGGCUGUGACUGUUGAUGAACCACAGUGAGAGAGAAAGAACAUACACACAGAGAGAGCAAAGUUCCGCUUCACUAUCCAUGCCAUUAUCUUUUCACUGGUCCUAUGCAGUGUUAGGGAAUCAACCUGGAGCUUCACCCAUUUGAGCUACCUGGACCUAGCCUCUGCGGUUGCUGACAGAUACCCUGUAUUCUUUCCUGUUUCUCUCCUUUGCAAGCUGGUUGUGACCUUGUUGGCAAAGGAGAUAUGAAGUAGAACACUGGAUUUGCACGCCCGAAGGCCCAAGUUGCAUCUCAAGCACCCAACUCAAUGGUAUACUCGGGUCUCCUCCCUCCCUCCCCUCACACACACUCAUAAAAAUAAAUCUUGGCAUACAAGUUUUUUAAAUAACCAGAUGUACGGGAAUACUUAUACCUAGAAAUAGGCCAAUGUGAUGAGGCAGGGUUGUUGAUGUUGUUCUUCUGAAAAGCUGCUUUACUUUCAAAUAUGUAUUUGUUUUGUGGAGCUGGGGCCUCACACAUGUGUGACUUCACCUCUCCAAAUGGCAUUUUCAUUGAGAGACAAAGAAAGGGAAGGCAGCACAGCACUGGAGCUUCCUCCAGGGCCAUAGUCCCUCCCAUGUAGUGUCAGGACUCAAACCUGGACUGUACAUAUGGCAAGGUAGGUGCCCUACCUGGUGAGCUAUUGUUCCAGCUCUUUUUGAUUUAUGUUUAUUGUUUGUUUGUUUAUAAAAGAGAAGGAAGAGGGGGGAGGGGCAGAGCACAAUUCAGUUCUGGCAUAAGGGAGUAACAGAGAUAAAACCAGGAACCUGGGGAGUCGGGCGGUAGUGCAGCGGGUUAAGCGUACAUGGCACAAAGUGCAAGGACCGGCAUAAGGAUCCCGGUUUGAGCCCCCGGCUCCCUACCUGCAGGGGAGUCGCUUCACAAGUAGUGAAGCAGGGCUGCAGGUGUAAAAAAAAAAAAAAAAAAAAAAAAAAAAAACCAGGAACCUCUGGGGCCAUGGGCAUGCAAGUCCUGGCUCUAAUAGCCUGAGAUACAGCCCUGGUACUGAAUACUUGGUCUCUUUUCUUUUUCUUUCUUUCUUCCUGUUUAAAGCUGGUUUUCUAGCAUAUAUAUCUUCCCAUUUGCCCUGGAAAAAUCAAUCCUUACUGUGUCACAGAAUAGCCUACUUCUUUCCUAGAUAGUCAUCCCCAUCUCUUUUCCUACCUCAGCUCCCUCCUGGGUGCCAAGGAAGAAAGCAGAAGAGAUAACACAUGAGGGAAAGAAGGUUCUAAACAAGGGAAUUAACAAAGCGAGAGAAAGUUAGGGUGGGAACCAGCGAACAGCCACUGCACAACUUCCUCACAGGCAAUUGGGCCACUUCCUCAUCUGGGGCCAGAAGGUGGCCAGGAUACUGUGAGAGAUGAGGAAACAGUCUUUCCAGACGACAGUGAAAGAGGAUAAGAGGAAGAGAAGGAGCAAGUCUCCCAUCAUGAGCUCUGCCCUGCUGCUGGCCCUCCUGGUUGGCUCACUCUUGUUGUCCCGAGCAGCCACCCUGACCUGUCAGAAAGGCAUCUACCAGGCAGUGCUGAAUGUAUCGCAAGAGUUCUUCUCAUGGACGACUGGGACAGAGGUCUGCAGGGACAGCAGCUAUGGGUGUCAGGACACGCUGCUACUCUUGGAGAACGGACCCUUUGCCAGCGUGGUGCUCUCCAAAGGCUGUGUUCAGGCGCCGGAUCAGGAGCCCCAACUCACCCAUCACAGGGCAGGGCCCGGCCUCUCCCUGAUCUCCUUCACCCGUGUGUGCAGGGAGGACCUCUGCAACCACCUCUCCAGCACCCUCCCAAUCUGGGCGCCGCCCUCCUCCCCAGUGCCAGGGAACGUGAGGUGCCAUGUCUGCUUGUCUGAGGAGGACUGUCUGUCUGCGCCGAAGCUGACCUGCCCCGUGGGGACCACACACUGCUAUGAUGGGGUACUCCAGAUCGAGGGAGGGUCAGUCUUCACCAUUAUGAGAGUCCAGGGAUGCAUGCCUCAAGCAGGCUGCAACUUGCUUAACGGGACCGUGACAGUCGGGCCCUUGGCGCUGAGGGAGAGCUGUGAUCCUAAAGGUCCCUUCUAUCUCUGAGAUCAAGAGACUGUGCAGCCGGGUUCACCUGGAGUGUGAGUCAAGAGUGUGAGGCUGCACCCCAGGAGGUGGCAAAGUGGAUAAAGCACUGGACUCUGGAGCCUGAAUGUGCUCGGAUUGCUGGCAUCGAAUGUGCCAGGGUGGUGCUCUGACUGUCUGUCUCUCCUCUCCAUCUCAUAAAUAAAUAAAAUACAUACAUACAUACAUACAUACAUCUCAAAGAAAAGAAUUUGUGAGAGCCUGAGUCAAGAGUUGAGUGUCAGGGUUUGAGCCCCAACGUCUCAUGCAAGCACCAUGGAUGACACCAGCGGCGCUCCAUGGAUGAUAGAGCAGUGAUGUGGUGUUUCUCCUUUUUUCUGUCUCUCCUCCCCCCCCCCUUCAAAUACAGAAGUAAAGGUCUGAGGAGGUAGCAUAGUCAUUAUGCAAAAAACUUUCAUUCCUGAGGGUCCAAAGUCACAGAUUCAAUUUCCUUCACCACCAUAAGCCCAAGCUCUGGCAAUAAUAAUAAUAAUAAUAAUAAUAAUAAUAAUAAUAAUAUCCAUUAUUAUUUAAGAAAAUUAGUCCCAGAAGGCUGUCCAGCAGUGGGGAGCAUGCAUGUGGGAAGCCCUGUAUUCACUCUCUGGCACUGCAAAAUAAAUCAAAUAAUGUGCUCAUCUUCCACAAUAUGGGGUCCAAAAGACUAUUUGGGGACUCCCUGGCUUACACAGACUCUGGUUG